AUGACAGACUUACAGCUUUUCGCAUUUGUGAAUGAGCUGGCAGAUAACCGUGACGCACUUGUCUCAAAGAGUCCUGAGGUGCUACGCAGUCUCAGCAGAAGCGACGAUCGUAUAACUCUUUACCUGCCUUUCCAGUACAGAUGCUCAACGGUUAACGUGCAUUCCUCCCUCCCAGUCGAGCUACAGAAUUUGCAUAAGACGGCGGGGAUCGAGAUACAUAGUCCGACGGCGCGUAAUGCAUUAAUCGCGCAGCACGACAUGACGUUGCCUGAAGAAGGGGCUGCAAUGGGACAGCUGAUGACCGAUACACUGAAGAGACUACGACGUCUACCGCUGGUAAGUUUUGCGUGUGUUGAAGGCGGUGCCUAUUGCGGUGGAGCUGAGCUGGCCACUGCAUGUGACUUCCGCAUCUUUGAAGCAAAAGCGAUGAUUCAGUUCGUGCAAGUUUGCAUGGGUGUCUCGCCUGCGUGGGGUGGAGGCAUCUGGUGUAUAAAAUCGUAUUGUGGGAAAAUGCACUCCGACUAUUGUGCACAACUGAAAAGUUUUUGGCGCAAAAAGGCGUUGAAACUGAAACUUGCCGACUUCACUCUUGAUGCCACGAGGGACGGUGUCGGUGCAGCAAUCUGCAGCUUUGUCACCCCUUUUGAUUUGGUCACGUCAGCGGUUUCCCACGGUUGCAAAACGAAUUAUCAACAAUGCUGA